CCACCACGAACCUGAAGGGGGUCACGUGUUGUUCCUUGGCCCCUCUGACCAUGGUGACACUAUUGGGUGCCUUACUCGUUCUUACCGGUGGCUCUGCUGGGCCAGCCGUCGCGGCGUUCUCCACCACCCGCUGCUACACUCAGUCCGAUAAGGUUCUCCAACCAUCGAUCACUACGCGAGCGACGACCACCGCAGCGGUGGGCGGGGAACACGGCUGCUUCUCCAUCUCCCGCUUCGCCCGCUGCGAGGACCGAGCAACAGCAGUGAUGCUCUCUGGCGGCGGCGGCGACGGCGGGAGAGACACGGCACUCCCACGCAACUUUGCGCCUCGCAUAUUUCGCCGCGGUGGCGACGGAAGCCAUCCUGGUUCCAGCGGCAGCAAAAGCGGCAGCAACCUCGUAGGCAGGAUUUUCGGCGGGUUAGACAGCGACAGUGGUUCGUCAGGGCCUCCGAGGAGCGGCGGGCUGGGGAGGGGCGGCGGUGAUGGAGGCGGAGGUUGGGGGAACGACGGGGAAAACACGGAGGACAGCAAGGGCGACAUGAUGGCUCUCGGGGCUGCGCAUGUUAUGAUGAUGGCGAGUGAUGAUGACGACGCCGACUCGUCGCAGCCGGAAUCGACGCUCCGCGGGGGCUACCGUCGGAGGUCCGUUUUCGGUCGACGACCGGUGCAGCGGCAGGCCGGCGGGAGCGGCGGUCAAGGAGGGAUAACGGCGACGAACGCGUUGCUCGCGUUGAACGCCAUCGUAUACCUCUUCCAGAUGCGAUACCCGGCAAUCACCAAGGCGGGCUGGAAGAUGGCGCCAGCGAUCACUCAGCAAGGACAGUGGUACCGCCUCCUGACGCCCAUCGUGCUGCACGGGUCCUUCACACACUUGGCGGUCAAUAGCAUGUCCUUCAGCAGCGUCGGCCCGGUGGUGGAGAGGGUGAUGGGAAAGGCAAAGUUCGUUACAGUGUACACUGUAGCAGGCAUUGCUGGCAAUGUCCUGAGCUGCAUCGUCAACCCACGUACGCCGUCGGUGGGCGCUUCGGGUGCGAUAUUUGGCAUGGUCGGAGCUUGGGGGGCAUUCUGCCUCAUGAACGAGACGGUGUUGGGGCGAAAUAACUCGCAGCGGGCGCUGAGGAACGUGGCACAGACGGUGAUGAUCAACGUUGUGUACGGCAUGGGCAGCUCGCAGAUUGACAAUAUGGGCCACCUGGGGGGUUUCCUCGGUGGAGCGGCGAUAACGUUUCUCAUCGGACCACGGCGGCUGAAUCCCUACACGGGCCAGCCUUACAUUGUGGAUGAGAGCUUCAAGCUGGGCUGGCCACGGCUCGGUAAGAGUCCCCCGGCUCGGUAAGAAUCCCCCGCAGGCGCCGUCUCAACAGCAGAGAAUAGACACCUUUGGUGAUCAGUUGCCUCCGUCACGGUGUGCUCUCGGGUAUUUGUGGAACGCGAUGUCGUGGUGGUUGGUCUGCCUUCUCGAUAAGGCGGGCUCGAUUCGCUCCUUCGGCACUGGUUCGCUAAAAGGGCAUGGCGGGGGUGUACUCAGGGGCGUGCAUGCCGUAGUCAUGUGACCGUUGACCUCGCAUCCCUACAAAGCCGGGACGGAGCACGCCGGGUUCUCACCGGACCAGGCCCUCACAUCACCAAGAGGGGAGGGGGGGGGGUGUACAAUACCGAUGCUGAGGUUUGAGAAGGGUGACACAAUCUUGGUAAACGUGUGUUGACGGGGACAUGCUCCCCUUUAACAUUCGGUGAAGAUGUUGGAAUUUUGGCAUGGUGAAAAUUGAAUCAAGUUGUGUUUUUUCUCACGGGAUGAUCUAUUUGAUGUGGAUGCUUGAUACAAACCUCGAGUGUUUUUGGUGAGGAGUCUCUUCCGCCAAGACGUUGAUGGCGGUUCUAAACGUGUUGACCAGCUCGCAUCGUGCGCGUAUUUGGACUGUGUAUCUAAGGACUUGGAUUUUUUGAUGCCCUGCUUUCGGUUUGGCGCAACAUCGGGAGUCGAGAGCAGUGCGGUACCGGUGUGGUGCCUUUAGAUAGAUUUGCGGCGGACUCUUGAAAAACCAGACGUUGUGAUGUGAUGACAUUUUUUUGUCCCUGGCAUUCUUCUUCGGGGUACUUACAGGCAAGCGUUGGUUUAGCUGGACUUCAGAGGCCACGGACCGGUGCGAUGUACGUAACUUGAAUUUCUGCGAAACAUUUUUGGUGUAUCGAUGUGUCCUGGAUGUCCGCACCAAAGAGCUCUGCUCCGUUGUAGGUUAGACUAUAUGAGUUAGCAGAAAUAUUUUUUAGUAUUCGUGUGCAGUGGCAGGAAGGGAUAUACCUGAGUACCGUGUAUGACACAAGAUAAC